UUAGGGCAUAUUCGUAUGUCUGGUCGGUAAAGGGAGUAUGUCUGAAACCAGUUCUGCUGUAAAGCCAAGCUGCUAAAGCUUUUAUGGGCGAGUUAUAAACCCAGUCAGCAGUUCGUUAGAUACUUCGAGUGGAAAUCGAUUGAAUUCACAUUUGCUAUUAGUUUAUUUCAGUUCAGACAUCACGUAGCAACGUUUUCGCGAAAAGAAGAUUUGAGUACAGUCAUAUAUAUACACAUGAUUAAUAUGCAAUUUCAACAUUUUAUGCUUGGACGCCAGGAGCAACAUAUGGACCUUUGGGAAGAUGCUUGACGUCGGUGCAGUAUGCGUACCAACUUCGUUGAAGUACUUAUUGCUUCUGCCACACUGACUUCUCUACUAUUACCGUGUCAUACAUUUUCCGCAGAAGAUGGCAAUUUUUGUGGGCGGAUUCUCACUCGUGAAAUAGAAUUUAAAUGGUCAGCCAAAAAGCGAAAUUUGGUGGCGUCAUCAGAAAUCGGCGAGGAACAAUUGUCAAUUACUGCGGAGGAAACAGAACCAGCAGCGGAUGUUAUUAAUCGGAACAGGUUAUGUAUAUCUGCACCAGAUGGAAGUCACGUGAAACUAACCAUAUUCCUUGACCCUGCCGUCGAAAAAGAAAAGUCUGUAAACAGCAAGUGUCGGUCGUAUCAUUCAGACUGCAAAAUUUCGUGUUUAGAAGUUUACGAUCCCGGAGAUCGACAUACAGAAGAAGUGAAAGAUGAAACAACCGCGAAGCAUAUGUAUUUUACCAAUGUAGUGAGACCAAAACAAUCCGUCAACUUAAUCAACGGUACUGGUGAGAAUUCCACAAGAACAAUGGAGCAGAUUGACCGAUUUCCCCGAAAUUCAAUAUUUUAUAAUCGAAAUCAGAUCCCCGAUAAGACCAAUUUUAUUGCAAAAUUGAGCCGAAGAAGGCAAAGAACACAUAAAUCUAAAAAGAAAAAGUCUAGAAAGAAACGUAAAAAUCGCACGCGUAAACGAGAACUAGAAUUGUUUCAAUUGUUACUGCAAUAUCAUGAACUGCUCAUGGGAGGGGACGUUGUAGCCUUACCGAAAACAGACCAUAUUCCUACUGGCAUUUCGUACCCACCAAAUAAGGUCAUAGAAAAUUCGGAAGCUUUGAAAGAAGUAUUCAACAAAAUAAAUAGUUUUGUUGAGUCUGAUAAACGAAAAGAAAGUCGUAGUAGCCAAGUGCGACCAAUUGCUUUGAAAGAUGGAUCGCAGACAUAUUAUCAACCUAAAAUAGUUGGAGUGAAGCCGUCUUUUGCGCCAUUGGACCAAGAUAGACGAAAACGCCAAGCUUCACUUGGUAACAGUACUCGAAUUAGUAACAAAAUUUCUAACACCACAGUUCUACAAAAAAAAUUUGUACCUAGCUUCACUUUGUGCGGUCGGGAAGAACAAUGGAACGUUUCGGUAAGCGAACUGAGUGGGUUUUUGAUAUCAGAGGAAAGCCACGAGAAUACAACAUUUGUCCGAGUUUCUAGAGGACAACGCAGUAACGAGAACCGAAGUCCAACUUGGAUAUCAACACUGGAUAAACCAGUUUUGAUCGAAACUCUGAGUCAAAGGAUGGAGCUUAAUGUGGUUAAUGCAAGAGACGUUGACGAUACCUUGCUGCGAUUUCUUAUUAUUAAGAUUGUAUUCGUACCAAACGAACGAGAAACAGAUAAGGCUCUUGUAUCGGGUGAGGAAAUUCAACAAAUAUCUACAAAAAACAUUCGUUUUACCUCAAAAUCACCCACAAUCGAAAACAACAUGAAAGAUGUUUUGAAGGUAACUUCAAUUGCUGGCCAACAAGAUUCCGGUCAUGGUGACAAGGAUUCUAUCAAAAUUGCUGUGGGUGUGGCGGCGGGCGUCGUUGCUAUUGUAGUUUUCAUAUCCAUGUGCAUAUUUUUGGUGGAUCGCAGGCGGCGACAGAAAUCGUCUUCUUUUUCGGGCAAGCGUCCGAAAGAAGAUCUGAUAGACAUUGCAGAAAGCGAAAAGUGCCUUUCGACUGAUGAAAAGGCGAACGUAAAAUCACAAUAUAAAAUUAGUGGGAGAAGAAAAAUGGUUCUAGAGGAAAACUCGUCAGACACGACUGGAGAAAGCGAAUUUAUUAUGUUAGAGCAUGAAAACCCAUCGAAUACUCAACUUCAACGGAGUAAUAGUCGAAAACAACACUGUAGAGCGGAAGACAUGACAGCGAGUCAUGCCCACACACACACGUCGAAGCCUAAUAGCAGUCACCAUAACCACCAUCAUCAUCAUAGUCACGUACAAACGAAAUUCAAGCAUCCGAACGGAACAAGCAAAUCGACUCAACACGUACAUUGCAUUGUUUGUCAGAUAGCAGAAAAUCCCCACCAGCCUAUUUUGACGGCACAAUACGCGUCGGAAUUUUUACCGCCUGCCAGUCGUCCAAAUACAAUCAGUGGAGGAUGCGGAGCACUUCUACCUAACAAUACUUUUGACAAAUUCAAUCGCAUGACAAAUAAUCCUUACCGGCAUUCACCGAGUUUAUCAGUAAGACAUUCGACACUACCAUCUACUGUGCAUUUUCCAGAUGGAGAAGAUUUACAUAAACAUCGGACAGAACACAAGAAUCAACAUCAUACUUUAAGUAGCGUAAGCCAGCGAGAUACAAGUUUCAUAAAACCACCUCCAAAUAGGACGAUUUUUGGAAGUGAAGAUUUACCUAUGGGGUCCACAUCAAACUUACACCGUAAAAUGCGUAAAAUUUGCAAUGGAUAUCCUGGGCCACCCACGUCGGUUUCAAAGCACGGUCGAGCGGGCUCCAAGUACCGACACGAAGACUCGACUGUUAACUUGAAAUUAAUAAGUUGCUUAAGCGACAGUGACAUAAAAUACUCAUCCCACAACCCGGCGUCGCCCGAAAAAGAUAAAUGUAUAUGCAAGUACAUUUUGGGUCACAUCGACGAGCCACCACCAGAGUAUUCUGAUGUUAUCCGCGAAAUAGAACCCUGUUCUAGUAACACUUCGCAAGAAGACAGUAUUAAUAACAAUGUAAGGGCAAAUUGUGGGUCAAAUGUCACAAAAGUGCCAUUAGAAAAUCGUAAUAUGUCGAAUAAUGACGACGAGCAUAAAGAUGGGACUGUUAAAAUUAAACAAGAAAUCGUUGAUAAUCUAGAGUAGACAUAUAUUUAUAAUCAGCUGUUUUUGUAUUUGCACAUGCUUUGUAAUAAAAUAGACAUGAAACCAUUUGUUAACAUUCGCUAAGGCGAAGCUGACACGAUUCAUAUACUUGAAACACAGUUUGCUGUACUUAGAAAUUUCUUUGACUGAUCAUAUUUUCACAUCGCAGUACUUGGUAAACUUGAGUGAUGAGAAAAGUAAACAGUUGCAGCAGCAAAGCAUGGGUCGUGGAUAGUAUUUAUCCAUACCGUACUUGGUACACUUUAAUUAUAUUAGCAAAUAUUCUUAAACCACUGUCUUUGUACAUUUUAAUGGUCAACCAUGUUUGACCAAUCCUGUUAUUUUUGUGAUACUUUUAGAUUUCUAUGAAUGUUUUUCUUGAAUUUGGUCUCCUGUCGAAUGAACAUAACAUCACGCCGUGAAUUGGCGGCUGUCUAUUAAUGCCUCGUACCUCCGUCCAGUCCCACAAGCCAUUAGUUUCCGGCAACAUUUCUGAACAAAAAAGGAACGCGCAGUCGCAUUACUCAAUCACCCCUUGGACAUGAAGGGCGGAAAAUAUUGGCGUGAUAUACCGUCGCUUAGUCAUAAAAGCCAUAGUCAUAUUCUGGUACUAAUAGUCGGAAUUUUUCCUCAUUAUUGCCACAAAAUAUCUUGUUUGAUUUCAACUUAACCAACUUUUGCUUGUUCUAACAGUUCCAGAAAAUUUGUUUUUAUGUGUGGAAUAUCAAAGAAAUUAUAUAUUGUAACGAUAUUCGAAUCUGAUAAUAUAUACAGCAAGCGGAAUAUUUAAUUGAGUGUUGUUGCUGUCUACAUCAUUUACAAGUUUGAGUUCCAUUUGGUCAUUGGUUAACAACUAACAAGCGAUUUUUAUUGUGUUUAUUUUUUAAUGCCAUGAAAUGGUGAAGGAAUUCGUUCCUUCCGAAUUAAAAAAACUUAUCGAUUUAUUUCGAUGUGAUGAUCUCUCAGUCUGUUCAGAAUUGUUUUCAUAAACCAUUAAAAUACAUUUUCGAAUGAUAGAAUUAAAAAUGUGUGUUAUGGAAUAUUUUAUUUAAAUGCUAAAACUACGCACAAUAGUUUUUAAUUAGUUCAUAAUAGUCUCAAUUUUACCAAUGGAUACGAAUUUUGCAUAAUCCCGUGCACUAAUUUGGCAUUAAUAGUGAAUGCAUUCCCAUGUCGUUUAGCAAUUCUACUUCGGAAAUUGUAUGAUCAGCUAUCAGUGAAUCGCUAAAAAAAUAUAUUUGAUAAUAUAACAGGAAUUGAAACAUUUGCCAUAUCAGAGGAGAGCAUGCCAGUUUCGCGAAAAGUAGGCCGCUGGAACGCGCCGUUGUCGGCAAAUAUUUUCAAAUGUGCUUCUAAAGAGUUCAAUUUACGUUUGACGCCUUGCUUGGCACUUUCUAUUUUUUUGUAUCUUUUAUUGCAAACAUAAUGUAUCUGUCUUCAUCAAAUAUACGUCAGAGUAUCACGA